AUGAAGCCUGCUUUCCAGCCUCCAACCAUUGCGAUUUCGGGUGUACAUACAGUUGGAGUUAUUCGAUGGAAAGGCAUCCCUAAUGAUUUGCACUGCGUUAUUUGUGAAAAUUUCUUCGAAAUUCCCUGCCCUAAUUGCGAAAACCCUGGAGAAAAUUGCCCCCCAGCAUUCGGCGCCUGCGGACAUAUCUUCCAUUUACACUGCAUCGGUGCUUGGCUAAACAGAGAAGGAAUAAGAAAUGAUGAAGAAGGGAAUUGCCCAAUGUGUAGACAAGUCUGGCGCUUUGCUGCAGGUCAAGCUGCUGCUGCUGCUGCUGCUGCUGCUGUUGCAGAUGCAGGCGUUGCUGCUGCUGCUGCUGCUGCUGAUGCUGCUGAUGCAGGAGAAGAACAAACAGAAUUCACGUCUUAUAAUGAGCAAGAAGAUGCAGCAGAAGAAGAUAUCGAGCUGCAGAUACACCCCAGCUAG